AUGAACACAGAGUUCAGCAUUGAAGCGCCGGCGGAGGCGAAUCCUCUUACUGAGAGCAUCCUGUUCCACGUCCUGCGAUCAGCGUCCUCAGCAGAUCAAACUCAAGUACAGACGGGCACCAAGCAACUCCAGCAAUGGGAAAAGGCCGCGGGUUUCUAUCCUCUGCUGCAGACGGUGUUCCUUGACCAAUCCCUCCCCCUCGAAGUUCGCUACCUCGCCGUCAUCCAGCUCAAGAACGGCAUCGACAAGUACUGGCGCAAGACUGCCACCAAUGCUGUAAGCAAGGAAGACAAGGCUACCAUACGGGCCCGUCUACUAGAAAGCGCCGUCAACGAAGCCGACCAUCGCCUGGCCCUACAGAAUGCACUCGUCGUCGCUAAGAUCGUCCGAUUCGAGUUCCCAAAUGACUGGCCAGAUCUAUUCCAACAACUACUCCACAUUCUUCGCGCCUCGACGGAUCCGAACGCCUACCGCUUACAACUCCCUCGCGCCCUUCUCGUCUUGCUAUACAUCGUCAAGGAACUGUCAACGGGGCGACUACUACGAACACGGCAGAGCUUACAGACCGUCGCCCCGGAGAUCUUCAACGUACUCGGUACCAUCUACGUGAACAAGGUGCAAACAUGGCAAGCCUUCUUUCGCGAUGGCGGAGACGACGAAGGCGGUGCGCUUGAGAGCAUCGACAACAGUCUGCUUGCUAUCAAGACUAUGCGGAGACUUAUAAUCGCCGGCUACGAGUUUCCAGGCAGAGACAAGGAUGUGCAAGAGUUCUGGACACUGACCCGUACUCAUCUCGGAGAGUUCCUGCAAUACGUGAUACCGGAGAACUCACCACUUGCAGGCGAAGUUCAGAAGAAGAUAGGCAGGCACUUAAUGCAGCUUUCAAAGUUGCAUCUCAACAUGACCACGACUCACCCAGCAGAUUUCGUCCUUUUACCCAACUCGAUAGAGCUUGCGCGCGACUACUGGAGCCUCAUCUCACGACUAGGUGAGCAAUGGGGCUCAAAGUCUAUUGAGGGCGCCAAAGUCGGUACUGAUGGCGAUGCUGAAGAUGAAGCACCCAUCCUCGAGCGUCUAGGUCUGAAAGGCUUGCUACUGAUUCGUGCAUGCGUGAAGAUGGUCUUCUUUCCCACCCAGACUUUCCGCUUCAAGCACCAGCAGGAAAAGGAUGAGAAAAAUGCGGCCACGCACAAGAUCAAGACAGACCUACUCACUGACGACCUUGUUCGUGAAAUGAUCUCAGCACUUGUCCAGCGCUUCUUCGUCUUCAGGCCCAGCGACCUCCGUAUGUGGGAGGAAGAGCCUGACGAAUGGGAGAAGAUGGAAGAGGGAGCAGAGGACUGGGAAUUUGCGAUCCGACCCUGUGCCGAGAAGCUGUUCCUAGACCUCGCAAAGAAUUUCAAAAAUUUGAUCAUUCAGCCUCUGCUCCAAGUCUUCUACACAGUCGCGACACCGGAAAACGAAGACAUCCUCUUCAAGGACUCCGUUUACACUGCCGUUGGUCUUGCGGCUGACAUACUGCACGAUCAACUUGACUUCGACACCUUCCUUGAGAAGACCUUGGUUGUCGAGGCGGCGAAGCAGACACCGGGCUUCAACAUCAUUCGUCGCCGCAUCGCUAUUAUCAUCUCCCAGUGGAUAACUAUUAAGAUGGCCAAGGAAAAGAAGCCUAUCGUCUACCAGAUCUUCCAGCAUCUCCUCGAUAAGAGCGACCCAAUGAACGAUCAAGUGGUACGAAUAACUGCGGGAAGAAAAUUCCACGCCGUCGCCGACGAGUGGGAGUUCCAAGCAGAUGCAUUCCUGCCGUACUCGCAGCUUAUGCUCGAUAGGCUGAUGGCGCUGGUCCAAGAGGUGGAACUUCCAGAAACUAAGAUGGCACUGCUAAACACCAUUAGUCUUGUUGUAUACAGGUUAGAGCAUCAUAUCACCCCAUACGCCAACAGCAUCAUCGCUCUUCUCCCACCGCUGUGGGAGCAGUCUGGCGAAGAGCAUCUCAUGAAACAGGCGAUUCUCACACUCUUGGCUCGUCUAACGAACGCCAUGAAGGCCGAGUCACGUUCUUUCCAUGUCUCAUUCUUACCCAUUAUCCAGAGCGCUAUCGAGCCUGGCUCAGAAACCCAGGUCUACCUCCUUGAAGAUGCACUCGAUCUAUGGGCCUCCAUCAUUGCACAAACACCAUCAGCUCCAGAGCCUACACCACCUGAAUUGCUCAACCUAAUUCAAUAUCUGCUACCUCUGUUCUCCAUGGACAACGAGACCCUGCGAAAAGCCAUCGAGAUCACAGAAGCGUACCUGCUUCUUGCGCCCUCCGCCGUCCUGGCAGACUCUUUCCGUCCCGCGAUCCUCCAAGCCCUCGCUGAGCUUCUAGGCAACUUGAAACCUGAAGCGAAUGGCAUAAUGACACAUCUCGUGACAUGCAUCAUUCGAGGUGCGGAAGGUGUAAGUGGCGAGAACGCUGUCAAGGUUCUGACUAGCGAUUUGAUCUCUUCCGGGUUCCUCGCAAAGGUUUUGGAGGGUCUCCACGGCGCAUGGACCCACCAUCAAUCCCACGGCCCUUACCGCGAACUCCCUUCCCGCGCUGUUGAUGGGGUUGUCGAAACCGACUACUUCACUGUGCUAGCACGUAUCGGCAUGGCUUCACCUUCUGUACUCCUCGAAGCCCUCUCCGCAUUAUCAAGUGAAGGUCUAGAGAAGACUCUAGACUGGUUGUUGGAAGAGUGGUUCGGCCAUAUCGAGAACAUUGGCGAUGCGCCAAACAAGAAACUCAUGUGCCUUGUUCUCACACGUUUCUUAGAAGGAGCACAGCCUUGGAUGUUGGGCAGGCUGCAGUCGCUGGUAGGAAUAUGGACGGAUGUACUAGGAGAGUUGCUGGAUGGCAUGGAUGAUCGGAGUCAAGAUUCCCUAUUCUGGCCCCCAGAACCUUACCACCCCACCGAACCUGAGGCACCGGAGGAUAUCCGCAAGCGCGAACUGAUCUACACUGAUCCUGUGCAUCAGAUCAAUCUCGUUGCGUUCGUUAGGGAACAUCUUCAACAGGUCAUCCAACAAGUGGGUGGUGAACAAGCCUUCCAGGAAGAGUGGUUGAGCCGAGUGGACAAAGAGGUUCUCAAGGGUUUUGGGGAGUUGGGCAUCAUGUGA